GAAAGACACGAGCGCGUUCAGACGGAUCUCCGGGCUCUAAUUUGGGCAAAACAUGAUCAGGCUUUUGUUGUGAUUGUCUUUAUAACUCAUUUAAAAGCAGCAAAGUCGAGUUUAGUGAUAAUUUUAGUGUAUUUAAACUUCUUUCGCGCUCGGAUGGUGGUGUUUUGAUCCGGAGCAGGUGAAUUUAUCGGGAAACGGGCAACAACCUCCAGGUCUACCUCCAUCCAUCCAUCCAUCCAUCUGAACCAUGUCGACCAACUCCUCUGUCCCUCGUGGCUGUGGCUCCAACGUGGACUCUCUCUACUACUAUCUGUGUGAUUUGAACGCAGUCUGGGGCAUUGUGCUUGAAGCGUUUGCGGCAGCUGGCAUCGUUUUCUCUUUCGUUUUAUUCAUAUCACUCCUCGCUAGCAUCCCUUUUACCCAAGACAAAAACCGACGUAGCUCCAUAGCUCUCCACGCCUUCUUUUUGAUCUCAACAUGUGGACUAUUUUGCCUGACUUUCGCUUUCAUCGUCGGGAAAGAUUUUGCGACUUGUGCGUCAAGGAGGUUUCUAUUCGGCGUGCUUUUCGCUGGAUGCUUCGCUUGCUUGCUAAUGCAGUCCGUGAGGUUGAAUUUCCUUGUACGACGCAAUUCUGCUCCGCCAUCUUGGGUGCUAUGUCUGGGUAUGCUGGGUCUAUGGUUAGUCGAAGUUAUCAUCAACACAGAAUGGCUAAUCAUCACAAUCGUCCGUAACCCAUUUGUGCUGCUAAACAUAACGCAAACUGUGACGGCAACUCCGACUCCAUGCAACAUUGCGAACCAAGAUUUUGUGAUGGCCUUGAUUUAUGUUAUGACGCUGAUUUUGGCAUCUUUCGUGGCAAGUUUGGUGAUCAUGUGUGGGAAACACAAACAAUGGAAGGUGGAAGGGGCGAGUAUCGUGAUUGCGACCCUGCUGUCAAUCUUCAUUUGGAUUGCGUGGAUUGUGAUGUACGUUUUCGGCAAUGAAAGAACAGGGGGACCAACUUGGGACGAUCCAACCUUGGCCAUAGCGCUAGUGGCGAAUGCGUGGGUGUUUUUGAUAGUUCAUACCAUCCCUGAAAUCUGCUGUUUGACCGGUGAAGAGGAGGAGGAGCAAGGAAUUGCACAGGACACGUAUCAGAACAGAGCAGUGGGCUACGAGACCAUCCUGAAGGAACAGAGCUCUCAGAAUAUGUUUAUGGAGAACAAGGCCUUCUCCAUGGACGAACCCAGUCAUGGCAAACCGGUGUCUCCCUAUAGCGGCUACACCGGACAGCUGCGUGCUUCGGUCUACCAGCCAACAGAACUGGCCCUCAUCACCAAGGCAGCAGCAAAUCGCGCGCCAGAAGCUAUUCCCCGAGCCAUAGCGCCCUCUGCAGGCAGCAGCGGACAGAGCACUCCCUCCACUCAGGCGGCCAACGGGACCACCACAGCCCACACACACACCAAUGGCACCAGCGGAAAUGGUCUACACAGGACGACCCAGUGGUAAACUUUAAUCUUAAAACCCUAUAUUUUCCUCACGUAUUUAUAUAUUUUACAUUUUUUGGGACGACUACUGACGGCUGGAUUAUGCCCCGAAUACAGCAUAUGUUAUUUAUGUUGUUAACGGGAUUCAAUGCACUGAGUUGACGCUACUACUAAGACUUUGUUAAUUCAUGGACAAAUGAAGGAAGCUGACGACACUGAAGAAAAACGGUUGCUACGUGAAAAGAAGUAAAAAAUGUUAUUCUUAUUGUUUCACAAUAUGUAAAACAGAAGACUACGUUGGCCCUUCAUUGUCUUAAUUUGCUGCCUCAAACUCAUAGACUGUAUAAAGAAGUGGACUAAGUGAAUGUGACGUCACCCAGAGUGUUCGGCUCCAGUCAAAUGAAGCUCACAGAAGCUGCAGUUAUGGGGGGAAUUUGGAGUGUAGUUCCAUAUAAGGAAUAGGUAUUGACUUAUAGACAAAAUAGCAAAUAGAGUGGCCUUAAUAUGAACAUUUUAAGACCAAAAUGAGGAGCCUGGCAGCAGCAGUUACGGAGAGAGGGGUAACGGUUUCUCAGUACAAAGUCAAUUGGAGCCAGAGUCGAUGGAGCCGGAAGCGUACCCAUGCUCACUUCCUAUUUUUAACGCAGUGGGGAACGCUUUAGCGAUGUCCAUUUAUAUAUAUACAGUCUAUGCUCAAACUCUAAAACAAGCAGCCCACAAUUCUGUACAGUAAAUAAUAUAUAAGGUUUCAAUCAGAUCACUUUAUGUGUCCGUUUGGGGCAAUUUUGCUUCUUGUAUUAUCAAAAACAUAAAAAUAACCAAUGCUUUUUUUAAAUAUAGGAAACUCUUUGUCUGAGUGAAAAGGAAGAGGAAUAUUUCAACAGGAUUUUUCCUACUUGUACUUUAAAGGUGCUCUAUGUAAAUGUUGUGAUGGAGGCUGCCUGCUUGUCUCCAUGAAGCAGUGUUUGAAAGUAAUGAAGCAAAAAAAUAAAAGUACAAUACUUGAGUACAAUUUUAGGUAUCUGUACUUUACUUAAGUAUUUUUACAGUGGAUAUUUUAUACUUUUACUUCACUAUAUUUGAGAGCAGCUUCCUUUACUUUAUCCUCUACUACAUUUUAGAUCUGGACUGAAAAGAAUAUUUUUCUUUACAGUGUGAGACCUGCUGAAAUUUAUUCUGAGAUUUAUUUUUAGCACAUUUACUUUGAGUUAACAUCCCAACUCUGAGCAAACCAAAUCAAUCAAACAAAAACAGCUAGAAAAAAAUUAAGAAAUCCAUUGAAUCAAUUGAAUCGUUACGCUGUCACGUGGGUGGUAAAAACAAGGAAGUCUAGCACCGUGUCUGAAGUUGCAGCAGCUGAUUUCGAGCCGAGGAUGAUUAAGUAGUUCUAGCUCCACUGUUUCCCGUUUGUCCUGGUUUGUUUAAACUGUUUUCCGCAAUAGUGUCACAUGGCCGAUAUCACAAAAUCAGCGAAUCAGGAAGGCACAAGUUCCAGUGAUGUGGUCCAAUAAGGACUCAACUAGAGCUCCUAUGUCAGUAUAUCAACGUUUUGUGGGAGUUACCGGUACCAGAUCCUUCCGUCUCUAGAACCAUUUUCCAUCGGAUUAGUGUGGACGAACACUGCAUGCACAAUGAAAACAACUCGAAUACGUACUAGUGUGGAUGGGCCUUCAUGCUUUGAUAGUUCUAGAAAUCUCAACAAAAUACUUGUACUUUUUACUCUUAAAGUAUAUUUUUAAACAGGUACUUAAAUACUUAAAUACAUAAAUUUUUCCUGUGAUAGUUUUACUUUUACUCGAGUAACCUUUUGCCCCUGUAUCUGCACUUAUACUUAAGCAACAAAAUUGUGUACUUCAUCUCCCACGGCCAUGGAGAUGUUGUUGCUUUACCUGUAGUGAUUUAAAGUAUGGCAUUAAACUCAUUGGAGUUACAGGUCAGAUCUGUGGAGAGGCAACCCUGUCAACAGUAAUAAUAGAAAACUUCAUCAGAAAAGUUACAUAGAGCACCUUUAAAUCAAAUUUUCUAAUUGUGCCAAUAUAAAUGUUUUGUUUGUAAUAUUAUAGUGGCUUUCUAAUAUUUUUUUAAGAUUAGAAAUUGAAAGAAAAGUUAUAAUUAGCUAAAGUCAAAUAUUAUACCUGACACUGAAUCGAAAGACAUGGGACUGUUAUGACUGUAAGUGACUAAAAUAACUUAAUGACAUGUUUUUAUUUUUUGUACAUUAUUUUUCAAGGAGCUGUUUUAAAUGGAUGCUUUGUAAAUAUCUGAUGAGUGCAUGUAUUUAAACACCGUUGUUAUUGACUACUAUCUACCAAUCAAACAUCUCUAGAUCAACUUUUAGUAUUUAAGGUUUAGUCUCUGGUGUAAGCAUGGAGGCUUUUUAU